UAAUUUUGCUUAACCUAAAAAAUGUAACUUCAAUUGGAAGUAUCUUGUUAAGAGAAAAUUAUAAAGAAGUUUCGUAUAUUUUGGUUAUAUGCGAAAUGUACAAUUUUUUAUAUCUAAUAAAGUUUUAUAAAACAUCUUAAAUUUUAUGAGAUUCCGAUUAUUGCAGUCCUUAAAAAACAAUGAAUAUUGUAAGGGGAAUUGAACUAGUUUUUGGCAGAGUAAAUCACUUAAAGGAACGCUUAUUCUCACCUAAAAACUUACUAUAUACAAAUGUAGGGAUAUCAAUUUCUCUUUCUGGAACGGGAGAUAUUUUAGAACAGCAUUACGAGAUAUUAAAGGGUGACUGGGAUAAAUGGAGUUUUAUCAGAACAAGAAAUAUGGCCAUAUCUGGAAUGUCUAUUGGAAUAGUUUGUCAUUACUGGUACAGUUUCUUGGACGCUAGAAUGACUAGACGUACCAUUGGUACGGUUCUAAAAAAAGUGCUUGUAGAUCAAGUGAUUUGCUCACCUCUUUGUAUAGGUAUAUUUUUCUUGACAUUAGCUGUGCUGGAGAAUAGUAGCUUGACAGAAUUUAAAGAUGAAGUCCGAAAGAAAGCACACAGAUUGUACAUAGCUGAAUGGGUUAUAUGGCCUCCAGCACAAGUCAUUAAUUUUUAUUUCCUUCCUACACGGUACAGAGUACUUUAUGAUAACAUGAUAUCUCUUGGUUAUGAUGUAUAUACCAGUCAUGUAAAGCAUGAUAUACGAACAAGUUAAUAAUUAAUAGUAUUUUGAAUAAUAGGACAAUUUUAAUGAAAUUAUAAAUAGAAAUGAAUUUAAGCAACAAUUAAACUUAUUCAUCAAUUUGAAAAGCUUUUUUUGUAUCAUCUUUUUUGUCUUUAUAGCAUCCUUUGUGCCUUUUGCAGUAAUUUCUUGUAGGCAGGACUAAAAUCUCAAUCUCUGACAUUUAUUGUAACAUAUUAAUACAUAUAUACUGUAUGUACAUACUUUGUAUAUAACACAUACAUACA